AUGAUGGCCAGUCACCUUGUAAAACCUGAUACUAGAAAUUGCAAGAGACCAAGAGAGUUGGAGCCUCAAAUGCCAGCUAGUCCACAACUGUCCUCUCUUGGAAAAUCAGAUUCUUCUUUCUCUGAAAGCUCUGGACUAUUUUAUAAAGAUGAAGCCCUGGAGAAAGAUUUGAAUGAUAUGAGCAAGGAAAUUAAUCUAAUGUUGUCUACAUAUGCAGAGAUCUUAAGUGAGAGAGCAGCAGUAGAUGCAUCUUAUAUUGACGAGAUAGAUGGACUCUUCAAAGAAGCCAAUACUAUUGAAAACUUUCUAAUACAGAAAAGAGAGCUCCUGAGACAGAGGUUUACAGUGAUUGCAAACACACUACACAGAUAA